AUGGCUCGUGGUCACCAGAAGUUUCAGUCACAACAAAAAAAUUUGAAGAAGCAAGAGGAAAUGAAGAAAUCGAAAGGAAGUGAUCAGAAGGCAGCCGCUAUAAAAGCACUUACGCAUAAGUGUACCGUUUGCAUGGCACUGAUGCCGGAUCCGAAAACCUACAAGCAGCAUUUCCAAUCGAAACAUCCGAAAGCUGUGCUUCCACCAGAAUUAGUGGAUGUUCAGGCAUAA